AAACGAACGACCACAUGUAUCACUGCUCCUCGAGGCAUUUCAGAGAGCGCUUGCGCUUCCAAUUGGAAUUGCAUACUUAUUUAAUAAGUCUCGAAUUAGUUUUGAUUUCGUUUUCGAUCGUAAUGAAAAAGAAAGUGAAGUAGAACUGUUUAUUUUGACCGCCUGGAAAAUGAAAACGCGUAUCUUUGAAAUUUUCUUGCCGUUUGCGCGGGGUGUGCAAGUCACCACGCCCGAGACGCUUCAUGCUGUGCCAUUUGGAAGACCUUCCCGCGCAGCCUCUCUGCAAGUUGUUAGCGCGCUCGACGAUAGCAACAUUUUGCUGAGCUUAGACAACUCGUGGCACGAACUCUCCGUGUUGGAUCUGACGCGGCGGCUUACGGGAAAGGAUCGGCGUUUUCCCCCGUCAGAGGACGCGGAACAGGCUGCGCUGCAUUUUCAAUGGGAACUCUUGUGUCCGCCUACAGCACCUGGUAACGCAGCGAAGCCGAUUUACCAAUUUGGGGAUCUGCGAAUCGACGUGCGGCACACGAUGCUCGACGAGCUACCUUGCUUGAAGGGAAGUGCAAGUACAUCAACUGAAGAAAGCGAAACUACAGACGACCAAAAGAACAAGAAGAUGAAGGUGCCGCUCCUAAGGCUUUUGGCGCUGAAGAGAGUCGUCACCACUGCCUUCGUUGCGAGCCGAGACGAAAUGGAGGCUAUCUCCGAGGAGUGGAACGGAAGAGAGUGGCUGUUGAACUGGUUUCUGCAUUUGCGGAGCGACCGCGUGUGUGAUGCUUCCCACGCAGUCGCGACAACGCGCUUUUUUGACUGGCACGAUUGGGCGCGGCCGUCUUUUCACGGUGUGUAUGCGUCUUACGAUCUCGCGGGUUAUCUGGAGGAAAGGGAUGCGUCUCGCAAUUAUGCUUAUGUAUUCUCCCCCGACGCAGCUAGGGCAGGGCUGUCUUUUUUGACGCCUGUGUUAGACCGCUACUCGACCUCGCAAACCCGCGGGGAGCAGUGCCGCCCGUUGUGCACGAAAGCAAGGCAGUCUGUGCUAAGGCCAACGCUCGGAGUGGAUGGAAGAUGGAGGAAUCAGGGCGAACGCGAUAUAGCCGGGCGGGAAGGUCCGGAGCGCGUGCACGUCAUCACAGCAGAACGGCUAGUAGCACACAGAGGACUUCUGUUCCCUUUAUUGCACCCAGGUAGUCUGGCCACGGUAAGUCACAUGCAGGCGAUAGAGAACGUGAAUCGUGGCUUUGAAAAGUUCUUCCAGCUGCUCGCGGAAAUCGAUCUAGCGCCCCGGUUGUCGUUGUCGGAAUUUUUGGGCACGUACUUUGACGUGCCGCGUGUAUGGGACAACCGCGAUGACCGUGAGGACGAAAGGACAGCACUUGAGAGGCAUUUGAGAACAGAACAGAAAGCUCAUACCUCAACGCCAGUAGGAACCUCUACUGCGGCCACCUCCUCCUCAGACCACAGUGGCUCCUACUGGCGCGUGCGACGGGUGCAGAUUAGGAAUAUGAAUAUGCACAUGAGCGGCCGGCGGAGCACCUUGGCAGACGUGCAGCCCGACGAGAUACAAAGAAUGCAACGAUUUCGGAGAGAGACGUCGCCCACCUUCUGGCAACCUCUUGGGACGCUCCAAGUGUGCUUCGCGAAAGACGACGGAGGGUUCUUGGAAACCCGCGGCACUGAGUGGUGCGUAGAUCUGGAGCUACAGCUGGUGAAGUCGAGACAAACACGGCUUGCGGAAGAGAGCCGGAGCUCCACCGCUCCUAUUCUGCUUGAGGACGGAUCAGCGUUUGACUUAUUCGCGAUUCUUCAGAGAGUUGUCGAAGACCCCAGAUACACCUGGAGCUUCCAUGACCGGGACCUGUUGUGGCAAGAGGAGCUGCUGCCGUAUUUGAGCGUGCAAAUUGGGGAGGCGGAGGCGGUAAACAGAAGCGAUUAUGAUGAGAUCGCAGAAACACGGAGAAGAGAAGCGAGCUGGUUUAGCAUUGAAAAUUUGCGGAAACGUGUCAGGGAUUAUAUUCUAAUGAUCCCCGAGGUCGAUUACGACAACUUCCACUGAUCUCGUCAGAGAGGAAGUUGUACUGACUAGGGCAACUUGGGCCGCGCAACAGGCCCAAGAAUUGCGCAACAAUCUGCAUCUACCACCACAAGGUGAAACUUUUUCCGAGCUAAAUUUGAUCUUGCUGGGAAUACAGUUUGUGUAUAUUACCUUCUGGACGAUCAGCAUCACCUCCGAAUGCGAACAACAACAAUAGCUUUAUAUAUAAGUACACUUCUCUGCCACUGCCAGCAAUAAGAUUAAGACCAGCAACUCAGUGGACGUGGAUUUUUUGUCGCAAUUAUAGGCACGAUUUGCAGACGAGAAAGUGGAAAUGGGAUGUCGUUACACUGGAACAUCAAUUUCUGACGUCUUCCGAAAGUGUGAUCGAGUACGCGAUGGGAAUGCCGCAAUGUCGUGAAAGUGAACGUGAGGAAGUGCUACCCGGCUUGAGCGAUUUAAGGUGAAGAGCAGGGCGUGCGUGGCUUCGGCUUGUGCCUAGGUACCAUACGCGCACGGUGAGGAUUGACAGGAUGACUCGUGAGGGUGAGAUCUUGUGUCAAUUUCUUCAGCUUCUCUGUCCACAAGGAAGUGAUCUAAAGUUGUUGUUACAUUUUCUCGUGGAUCGUGCUUGCAAAGCAAUUCCAAUUCCUUCAGUAACAAUCCCUCAUCCAGGAUUUUCAAGGAGUUUUCUCGUAGUUACUGAGGGCCAGUCUUCUUCCGCUUCGGUGGUGGGGAAGGCUGACCUCGUCUUAUUUACCGCUUCAGGUUCGCGUAGGCUGUUGAUGCCUAGGCUUGUUUGUCGUGAUCUUCAUCUGCAGACUGAAACCCUACGGUCGUCUGAAACUGUGGCCGAUUGUACGGUCUUAUGCGCACCCAGUAUGUAAUUUGGAUGAUCUUAUAAAUAUGGGGGUAAAUAAUUGAUUGAAAGGGUGGCAGCAUAUAGUCCUAACGCAAAAAAAAAAA